CUGAAUCGUCGGAAAAGCCUCGGAAUAUUCCGAGGAAAUUCCGAGGAACACUUGUUUUUCCUCGGAAUUUCCUCGGAAUAUUCCGAGGCUUUUCCGAGGAAGUAGGGUUUUUAAACCGAAAACAACGUUUUGCGGUUUGAAUAACACUUAUAUAACCCUUAUUAAGUGUCUUAGACUGAUUAUGAAGUCAAAAAUUUGUUUAAGUGAAACACUUAUAUAACACUUUUCCGAUUGUAUGAACAAAAUCCCCAUAACAUAAGAGAAACAUUUAUACACUUUAAUGAACGGUAAAGGGAAUACUUACAAUUCGUUUUGAAUUUUUGUUAUUUCAUGGUUUAUGAUCAUCUAUACAAAGAUUCCUCAAUGGUAUGCAUUGCAUUUGUAUAAGAAAUGAUAUAGGGCAAAAAAAUUUGAUGUUUUGAAACCCCAAACAUGUGUUCCUCGGAAUUUCCUCGGAAUAUUCCGAGGAAAUUCCGAGGAACAAUAUAAAUUAAUAGAAAUUCCGAAAAAAAUAUGAUUUCCUCGGUAUUUCAUCGGUAUAUUCUGAGGAAAUAUUAUUUCCUCGGUAUUUCCUCGGAAUAUUCCGAGGAAAUAUGAUUUCCUCGGUAUUUCAUCGGUAUAUUCCGAGGAAAUUCCGAAGAACCCCAAAUUUUGGGUUUCCUCGGAAUUUCCUCGGAAAUUCGUCGGAAUAUUCCGAGGAUCUCAUUUUCCGUCAGAAUGUCCGUCAGAAUUACGCUGUUUUCUUGUAGUGAUUACACAAUAUACAAAAUAUUAUUGAUUAAAUUUUAAAAAUAUUUUAAACAUUAUAUGUAUAUAAAUUUUAGAGGUAAAUUUUUUUUUUUUACCCUAAACCCCUAACAGUGUUGAGCCGGCCUGCAUGUAAGGUUUAUUUGGUCUAAUUUGGUGAUAAUUUGUCACAUCAUUUCGUACAUGGUUAUAUCCUUAAUUUUUUUAUUAACUAUAAUUAUUUACUAAUUCUCCCAAAAAAGUUUUCGGGCGGUUUAUUUUCUUAAUUUGGUAGGAAAAUAAAAUGUGUUGUAAGUUGUAACUUGUAAAUUAGAAGUAAACACAUGAAUAUAUAUACGACGAUCGAUCCCAUUCAAGGAGAGCUUCCUAUCAGGUCGAUGUCAUCCUUUCAACAAUCUCCGUCAGAUUUCAAGAAAAAUGUGGUGCAAUCAAUUGUUUGUAACUAGCUAAAGAUAAAUAUAGAGUAAAAUAUGACAUUUUCCACUCCGAAAUAUAGAGUAAAAUAUGACAUUCUUCUAUAUUUUACUCUAUAAUAGAGUUACUCUAUUAUAGAGUAACACCAUUGGAACAAAAGUUACACUAUAAUAGAGUUACUCUAUUUUAUUGUAAAUUAUAAAGGAAAAAAUAGAAUCCCUUUAGAGAUGCUCUAACAACUAUAUUUUUACUACGUAUGGCAUGAAGAUAAAUAGCUAAUAACCAUAUUUUUUGUAACUAGCUAACAACCAAUUUCAAAACUUGGUUUUACAAUCACUUUAAUAAAUUUUCAUGAAGAUUAGUAAUAUCAGCAACGCCAAUUCCAUUCGCCAAUUGUUCAAUCUAAUGCGUUUUGGCUUUAAAUUUUAUUUUUAACUUUUGGUUUAAUAUUUUAGUUGUAUCACUGCUAUUGUAGAAGUUCAAAAGAUUUUACAGCGAACACUUCUUUUUAAUACUAUUGUAAGUAGUUUAAGAUAAUUUUUUUGUUUAGUUUUCACAUUUCUAGGUAAUUUUUACAUUUAUUGGAUAUAGUGUAAUCAAUUAAAUUUAAUAUAGUAUUUAUGAUUGGUUAAGUUAUAUACAAUCUAUAUAUUAAACAAUAAUUUUUAAGGAAUAAUUUUUUCAAUCUUUGUGGUUGUAUGUAAAAUUACCUAUAUUAUGAAACAGAGAGACUAUAAUUUAUCAAUUACCACUUCAACCAAAGAUAAAUAUAGAGUAAAAUAUGACAUUUUUCCACUCCAAAAUAUAGAGCAAAAUAUGACAUUCCUCUAUAUUUCACUCUAUAAAGUAAUAUCAUUGGAACAAAAGUUACACUAUAAUAGAGUUACUCUAUUUUAGUGUAAAUUAUAGAGUAAAAAAUAGAGUCCCCUUGGAGAUGCUCUAACAACCAUAUUUUUACUACGUAUGGCAUGAAGAUAAAUAGCUAAUAACCAUAUUUUUUGUAACUAGCUAACAACCAUUUUAAAAAUUUGGUUUUACAAUCUCUUUAAUAAAUUUUCAUGAAGAUUAGUAAUAUCAGCAAUGCCAAUUCCAUUCGCCAAUUGUUCAAUCUAAUGCGUUUUGGCUUUAAAUUUUAUUUUUAACUUUUGGUUUAGUAUUUUAGUUGUAUCACUGCUACUGUAAAAGUUGAAAAGAUAUUACAGCGAACACUUCUUUUUAAUACUAUUGUAGGUAGUUUAAGAUAAAUUUUUUGUUUAGUUUUCAUAUUUCUAGAUAAUUUUUACAUUUAUUGGAUAUAGUGUAAUAUAGUAUUUAUGAUUGGUUAAGUUAUAUACAAUCUAUAUAUUAAAUAAUAAUUAGUAAUAAUUUUUUCAAUCUUUGUAGUUCUAUGUAAAAUUACCUAUAUUAUGAAACAGAGAGACUAUAAUUUAUCAAUUACCACUUCAGCCAAAGAGACAAAAAAAAAUGAGUGGAUGGUAAAACCUUUAGAACUUAAUGUGCAGUUAUUAUACUCUGCAGUACAUUUGUUUUAUUCUUCAACUUAUUAGUUUAAUACAGAUUUUCCUUCUUUUUUUUGUCAACAUACAGAUUUUCCUUUUUAAUAGUAAACUAAUCCGUUAAAGAGUAAAACAAAUGCAUGUCCAGCUAUAUGUAGCACCACCAUAUUGCUACUAAGUUGGUAUAAGAAUUUAAUACGUCGCAGGGACCCGUCGGUUUUAUCACGAUCUUUUUGUAAAAGCUGUUGAAAAUAAAAAUAAACUGGCUACUUAAAUUAAAUUUCUACAUAAUGUCGUCUACAUAUAUGAAAAUACUAAUCACAUAGCUGUAGAAAUUUCAUAUAAAAUUUCUCCAAAAAAAAGUCAUAUACAAUCUAAAAUAACUGGAUGGAUGCUCUUGCUUUGGUUGGGAUGGCUUCAUAUCAAACCGCUUCAGUUUGGGGAGGGGGGGGGGACUGUGUCAUGGAUUUUCCUAGAGCAUAACCACAUUAGAACAGUUAAUGAUUAGGAAAUUUCCUCUUAAUUUCGAGUGCACAAUAAAUUAAAAUAAAUAAAUAAUCGAAUUAAUAUUAAACUGCACGUGAACAUUUAAAUAAAUAAAUUUCAAAUAAAAUGAAUGUGGGUGUAAAUCGAACAGGUCGAUCGAUGCCAACGGCUUGGUUAGACAAAAGCGUAUUGUGAGUUUGACUAUACCAAUAAUAUAUGGUUGCAUUCUCUCGUAAUCUAAUACAGCAUAUAACAACCUUCAAGUAAUCAAUGUUAGCUACAUAUAUAUACCUGUUUAUAUAUAAUAUAUUUACCAAUUACCACCCACGAGAAUUAAAAUUCUCGUCUGCCAAUAAUAUACACUGUCAAUUUAGUGUAUAUAUUUCCACUUUCUAAAAGAACAUUAGCUAAGCACUAGGUCUGUGCUAGAAGUGUCAAAAUAACUAAACCAACUUAGACCAAAUAAAUGAAGACUUAAAUGAAUUAUAUAUGGAUUAACUCAAUUUACCAAAUGAGUUGGGUCAAUACGAUAACUCAUAUAAGUUAAUGAAUUAAUGGCUAAUUCAUACAUAAUAACUUUAUAUUUUAAUUAUCACUGGGAAAUUUUCAAAUUUACUACUUUGUUGAUAUCAUUAUUCUUGUUUACUAUAACUAAAUAGACAUUUUCAGAAAUACCUUAUUCAUUAAAAGACAAAAGACUCUUAUACAUUUAUUUUAUAUAUAUAAGAAAUAAUUAGUCAAAUAAAAACUUUAUAAACUUUUUAUAAAAAAAAUUGAAUUUUUUUUUUUGAAUUUUUUUUUCAAAUUUUCUUUUUGAAAUUCAAAAAUUAUUUCUGAAACUAUUUUUUAAAAACUUUUAAAAAAUUUUGAGUAUUUAUUUAUAUAUUUAUUAGAACCCUAAUUAAACUCCACAUUCCAAAAAUCAUAUCCCACCCCUUAACUCUAAACCCUAAAUCUAGAUUAGUUAACCAUAUAGUUAUAAAUGUAUUUCUCUCUUUAAAAGUGAGGAUAAAAAUGGUUAAAAUAAACAUGAAAAGUAAUAUUAUGAAUGUGGUAUUUUGGUAAUUUCUCAUCAUUAUUAGAGAUAUGAUUUUAUUAAUAUAAAUUAUAGAAUAUACUUUGUGGUUUUGGCAUUUCUUUUGGUAAAAGAAUUUACCUUUUAUGAUUAAAAAUAUAAUUUUAUGAUUUUGCGACUUUGAGAAAAAUACAGUAUUAUGCUUUUAGCAAAUAAAUGUAUUUUAGUAUUAAAAAUAUAGUAUUUCAUGUAAUUUGUGGUUUGGCAUGAAAAUAAAAUUUUAACGAUUUUGAUGGAAAUUUAGUUUUAUGAUUUUGGCAAUAAACAUAAAUGUGUAGUUUUUGCAGAAAACACAUGUUUACUAUUUUAACAAAAAUACAGCUUUACGGUUAUAGCGUGAAAGUAUAUUUACAAUUUUGACAAGAAACCCUAAUUUUGUGAAUUUUGACAAGAAAACAUAAGUUUGUAUUUUGAAGAGAAAUAUGAUUUUAUAAAUUUUGCGGAAAGUAUGUUUUUGAUUUUGGGGUAAAACUCAUUUCCAGUUUUGGUAGAAAACAUUGUUUUAUGGUUUUGUCAAGAAAACAUAGCUUUGUAGUUUAGUGGGAAAAUAAUUUUUUAUUGUUUUGGUGAAAAACAUAAUUUUGCGGGUUUGGCAAAACUAUACAUUUUAAAUAUUUUGCGAAAACAGGAUUUUGGCACAAAAUACAGAUUUAUGUUAUGAAAUUAUGCACCUUUGAUGGAAAAUUGUGAUUAUGAAAAGAAAAUAUAAAACCGAGGAAAAACUUAAUGUGAAAUUUAAAUUAAUGAAAAUAUAUUAUACAUCAUUUACAAAAUUAAUUUAAAUAUGUGUUUUGUUUUUUUUGUUGUUUAUAUAUUUCGCUAGAUUAAAUUUAGUUAUAGAUUUUUGUUGGUUUCGUUAUGGGAAUUCAUUAUCUGUUUAAAUUCAAAUUAUUUUAAUCCAACUUAUUAAACUUAUUUAUUUAUUUAUCCAUUAAUACAUUAAAACUUGAUUUUUUAUCUGUUAGAAUAUAUGUAUGGAUUGGGUUGGACUGACCCAUCAGUUGCUACCCAUUUGACAUCUGUAGUUUGUUUUAUUUAAAAAUCUCUCUUUUAAAACUGACACUAAAAUAAGAAGAAAGAAACUUAAAAAUUUCAUAUAGGUAAUACUUAGUAUCAAUAAAUUUAUACAACCACAUCCACAAACUAGUUCAGAAAACGAUUGCAACUGGUGCUUGUGGCAGUCUAUAUAUCUUUUGUCACCUUCUGGCAGUCUAUAUAUUUUUCCUUUUUUGAAACUUAUGGCAGUCUAUAUUGAUUCUAAGUUUAUUUUAAUUUUAGUUUUCAACUUUCAAUUUGCGAAAUUACAUGUUCAUACUAAGUCGGUAUUACAUGUUCAUAAUUAGUAUUCGGGACUUUACAGAUACAAUUAAUGUAUGUUAAUGUAGAUAAUAGAUCAGAUGAGAUCAACAUCAGCUUGUUGGGUUGAUUUAAAAGUAAUGUUUGAAAUUAAGAGGUCCGUAUAUAGGGUCCUCUAUCAUUAUUCAUCCAUAAAACUAAUAAAAGUAGGUUAAAGUAAGCCAUAUCUAUAGACAGAAAUCUAAUGCACAUUAAAAAUGAAGUAAAUUUAAAUUAAAAAAAAAAAUCUCCAAGGCAUGAUAUUUAGUACUGUAAUUAUUACCAUACUGGCGCUGUUCAAAAUUUGCUACCACCGAUGUUUAAUUUUCUUGCAUUAACAUUUUUUUAACUCUUGCAUUAGAGAUGUUAAUUUUAAUUAAGUUAAAUUAUUAGAAUUAAAUAAUUCACAUACCGACUUCAAAUUAAUUAUCCGUGCAUUGGGUUAAAGAGUGGUGGGAUCCGACAUAAAAAAAAUAAGAAACACAGAAUACAUAAGCUACAUACACCAUAAAGCUACCUGGACGAUCAGAGGAACUUCUAUGUUUGGUAGUUAUCAUAUAAAAUUUAAAAUGAUAUUUGUCUAUCCCAAGGGAGACUCAUGUUUUUUUUUCAAAAAAAAAAGGGGAGACUCAUGUCCAACAAUAAUUACCUUCUUUUCUCAGUUGUCAUUUCUACUUAAUUUGUUAGUUGGGAUAUUCAUAUGAUAUACGUACCUAGCUACGCUUUUUGGGAUAUAUAUACAUUUAGGAUAUGUUUCUCAAAAGCCUUACUAUUAAUUUUGUAUACUUUCAUUUCUAAUCUACUAUCUACUAUAGUAUCUAAUUAGAAAUAUAAUAUGACAGAAUUAAAAAGUAUAAUAUAUAGAAUAUAAUUAAAUAUCUAUAUAUCACAUGAAAUUAUAAAUAAAACGACGGCUAAUCAAGUAGGGGAAUUUUAAUGUUUAAAUAUAAAUAUCAUCACAUGAAAUUAUAAAUAAAACGACGGCUAAUCAAGUAAGAAAUAUUUUUCUGACAAUUUUAUAUUUGAACUACAUUUACUUUUUCUAAAUAUAGUAGGAGACAAUACACUAACAGCUGCGCCUCGUCUAUCUAUCUAGUUCCUUAAGGGUAUGAUUAACCCUAAUCUUUUAGCCGGGAUUUUUAACUUAUUAUUUAACAUUGUUUUUUUAUACUUUUCGGUUAAGAGACAGUUCUUAUAUUUCUUAUUUAAAAAAUAAUUCUUAGCUUUUCUUAGUUAAAAUCUAAAAAAAGGUAAGAACCGUACUCUUAGUCGAAGAUAAAAGCUCCAGUUAAUCAUUGUCUUAAGAUCAUAUGAAACAGGGAAAAACUCUAUUUGACACUGGAUCCUGCAUUCUAUAGAAUGCUCUGUCGUGCACACAUACCACCUACUAAUGUGAUCUUUAUUUAUUGUAUUUUUCCAUAUUGAAAAGAAAAAAAAAAAAGGAGUGAUGGAAGUGUUAUUUUCUGUUUUUUUUUAUACUUUCUUAUUUCGGUAAUUUUGAAUCUUAAAAAAUUAGAAAAGACAAUUUUGAAUUUUUGCAGAAAGUUUCUAAAACUCCAAAUGUAUAGACUUCGGUCAUGUCAUAGUUCAGAUAAUUACAUCUACUCUAUAGAAAUCCACCUCUUCGAAUCUUCAGAUCAGAAGUCUCAUAGUGUUCUGCGACGCGUAAGAAACAUGUUAGUAGCAAGAAAUCUAGUUAGAACAAUGCUUGGUUGAGCCAUUACCCGUUUUCAAUGGCUUACUCUAACCUUGUUGGAAAUUCGGUUCACUUUUUGUCAACAAACUCUUUCAAUUCUUUUUUAAUAGUUUGUCUACUACAAAAAGUAUUGAACCAACGUGAGAAAAACUCUUCAUCAGAUCUUUUUGUUUGCUCAUCAUUAAUCAAUUUAUAUGCAAAUUACCGGGACCUAGCUGAAAACAUAAUCUUUGUAGCUACUGACCACUGAUUUCGUAGCUAUAACUUAAUAAACUUUAUAAUAAUUCCACCGCUAUUAAUCAUAAAUAUAUAUAAUUAUAGUUUAUAAAUGUAUAAUAAGUAUUUAAAAGAACGUGUAAACGAAAAACGUGUAAAUAAAUAUUUACACCCGUUUAAAUGGGGAUUGAAAAUGCGGGGAUUGACUUUACCAUACAGACCUUUUUGUAAAGAAAACAGCAUACGAACUUGUCCUUAUGUAUACAUGAAUAUCUAUACUCAUAUAGUGUAUAUAUAUAUAAUCGUCACAUGGAAUAUAUAUAUAUAGUAAGGGUCGCGUAAACAUGCAUCAACGAAUCAUCCACCCCACCCUGAAUCUCAACAACUCUCUCUCUCUCUCUCUCUCUCUCUCUCUCUCUCUCUCUCUCUCUCUCUCUCUUCCUCGGAAUCAAGAACAUUAAAAAAAGAUGAGAAUGAUAAGAGAUGGAAAAGACCAGGAAUACAAGAAAGGUUUAUGGACAGUGGAAGAAGACAAGAUCCUCAUGGAUUAUGUCCGAACUCACGGCCAAGGCCAUUGGAACCGCAUCGCCAAGAAGACAGGGCUCAAGAGAUGUGGGAAAAGCUGUAGAUUAAGAUGGAUGAACUACUUGAGCCCUAGUGUAAACAGAGGCAAUUUCACUGACCAAGAAGAAGAUCUCAUCAUCAGACUCCACAAGCUCCUCGGCAACAGAUGGUCGUUGAUAGCGAAACGAGUACCGGGAAGAACAGACAACCAAGUAAAGAAUUAUUGGAACACUCAUCUUAGCAAGAAACUCGGUCUCGGAGAUCAUUCAUAUGAGGCCAAACCGGCUUGCGACACAGAGACUCCAGCGUCUUUGGUCAUCACAACAACUAAAACUUCUUCACCACCGUCUUUGGUAGUCACAACUACAACGUCUCAUCAAGAUGUUGGUGAUGAAAAAGUUUCAACUAUAAGAUUUGACACUACGGACGACGAUUCCAAACUCAAUACAAAAUCCAAACCGGUCUAUUCAAUACAACCGGACGUCGAAGUUGCAGCUACCAUUCCAAAUCUGUUCGACACUUUUUGGGUCCUUGAAGACAACUUCGACCUUAGUUCACUCACAAUGAUGGACUUUGCAAAUGGGUAUUGCCUCUGAAUAUCGUUUAUGAGGCUACAAAGAUAUAAUUAUCGAAGAUUAAAUUAAAUUAAACGAACAAGAAUAAGAAUAUUUAUGAAUAGAAUUUAUUUUCUAUGUUUCAAUAGUUUUUGUACUUCUUUUUCUGUGAGAAGGAUGCAUAAUCAGAUGAUAAAGAAAUUAUAAAAAAUGAUUUGCUUUUUGACCAAAAAAAUGAUUUGGUUAUUUCCGUAGUGUAACCAGAUUAUAUCAUAUUAUUAUAAAUUAUAUAUAAUAAAUUGAGAAAAUUGUUUUUUUAGACUAAAAAAGAUAAUUAUGUCCUAUUAGACUAAUCUUAUAUACUUUAUGUCUUAUUAGGCUAAAUAUUUUCAAAAUGGUAAUAUUACACUUAAUUUCAAUUAAAAAUUCGAAAUUACAAUUAAUAAAACAAUUGUUAAAUAUUAAAAUAUAAAUUUUAACUAAAAUAAUUAAAAGAUAUUAAAAAUUCCCAAAAAUAUAUAAUAUUGCAAUAUAACAUUUUUGUUUGGUCAUGGACAUAUCAUGUGCUUAGUGGCCGUCAUACAUAUCUAUACUAUUAUUUGCGAAGUAAAUUUUAGCAACGGAGCUUUCACGUUAAAAGUUAGAGCGGUUAAUAUCUAUACUACCAUUAAUGAAUUUAUCUAUAAUUAACUAUAUUAAUCAAAAACGAAUUUUUGUUUAUAAUAUUUUUUUUUAAAGAUAAUUUUUACAUUGUGUUGUUAUCUUAAAACAUAUUUUUCAGUUAUAAAUAUAAUUAAAAACGAAUUUUUAUUAAUAAUAUUAAUUUUUU